GGUGGGGCGCGACGACGACGACAGCGACGGACAGUGAGUGCUCCUCUCCUCUUUCCCUCUCGUCUCUCCUAUGCCUGUGAGGAUGAUGCCUCGUCGUCGUUGUCGCCGUCGUCCCGCUAGCUGGCGCCGGCCUUUCCCCUCUCCACAUGGUGGCAUCCGGGCACGGCGCGCGGUGGCGUAGGGUGCGGCGCAUGCCGGCAGUGAGCGGCCAGCGGACGCGCGAUGGUCAGGGAGAUCAACGCGGCAGGCCGGCAGUACAAAGCGCAGAGUCGAGCCGUGGAGGCAUCUUCAACCGUGCUUCCUUUUCACCUUUCUGGUAAUUUUGAUUACCAAGAACUGGAAACAGAGAGUGAAGAUGAGGACCUCGAUGAUGAGGUUGAUGACGGUGCGGUGGAUGAACCUGACCAUGAAGAGGACGAUGCCCCUGCUGAACCAGCUGGUAAGAAAGCUGUAGUUCCAGUUGCACCACCUAAAGAUACAGAUAGGCGGCUGUCCAAAAAGGAGUUGAAAAAGAAGGAAUUACCUGAGCCUGAUGCUGUGUUGCCUGAGUUGGGAAAUUCUGGUUAUUCAAGCGAUGCUGCACAGGAUGAAAACAAUGCUGAGAAAGGUUCAAACCCAACCGGUGAUGGAGAAAGGAAGAUGCAACACUACCUUCAGAUAGCAAGAGUUCCAAGAAGAAGAAAAACAAGAAAGCAAAGGAGGCCAAAGAAACACAUGAACCAGCUGACUCAAUUAAUUGCCACUUAAUCCUCAUUGUUUUUAGGUAUGUAGCCCCAGAGUAUGCUAAUUCUGGGAUGCUUAACAAGAAGAGUGACGUCUACAGUUUCAGGGUGCUACUCUUAGAAGCAGUGACCGGAAGAGAUGAACUAUUGUUUAUUCUUUUUAUUCUAAUUGUAUCUAUUAUUAGCUGAAUUUGAGAUGGUAUAUGUUAUUAGGUUUGAAUUUGAAAUGUAUGAGAAAUUGGAUUGAAUUUUAUGGGCUCAAAUUUAAUUGGCAUGUAGUGGGCUUUGACAUGAUAGUUGGUUGACAAAAU